UUUUGUUUCGCUUCGUUCGCGUCGUCUGCUCUUCAGUCUCUGCCUUGGCUUCGGUGAGGUUGCGUUAUCGCGGGGCGCUCAGACAAACGGAGGCGGCAGCAGCGGCGUUUCUUUCGCUUUCAUCCAAAAGCAAGUCCGUGUAACCCGUGGUUUUAUUUUUUUGACCCAAAGAGGCGCCAUGGUCGUCAAGAGCGAAUAUGUGUCGGGCUACUACGUCCAGCAGCGACCAUGGAGUCCGACCAAGAGACGGGGCCCCAUAUCGUCGGACUUCAAGACACCCGGUCCGGGGGCCUUCACUAUCCCGUCAACCAUAGGGGACAGGGCAAGCACCAAUGUCACGAAAGGUCAAAAGGCUCCGUCCUUCACCUUUGGAACCAAGCCGGAGGAGAAGCGCGACCUCUUCGUCCCGGGUCCCGGCACGUACAACAUCGCGGGCCUCUCCGAGAAGGGCAAGGAGACCGUGUCGGCGCCCACCAUGGCGCCCAAACUCCGCGAGCCCGAGGGCUUCAAGACGCCGGCGCCGGGGGCCUACAACCCGGAGAAGGCCGAGCAGUGCGUGCUCAGCGCCUCGCCCAUGUACACCUUCGGCACCAAGAUCAGGGACCCGAAGCCCGCCGACAUACCCGAGGCCGACCGCCCAAGCCAAGAAGAAACUCAACGCCGCCCGCAGCUCGUGCACCGCAACAGGCGAGCGCCCCGCUACUCCUUCGGCCUCAAACUUAAGAGCCUCUUCCGACCCAACGACAACCCUGCUCCAGGUGUUUACGACAUCGACAAGGGAGACUCGGUGGUCUACCCGAAAUCGCCGAGCUUCUCGAUGCGCCGACGACUCCGCGGCCCUAGUCCCGAAGAACUGCCAGGUCCUGGAUCGUACGAAAGUAGAAAAGUGUACGACAGCUCUCGCACCAGACCACCGGAGUAUUCCUUCGGCAGGCGCUUGAAGGAAUCGAAAACAGAAGACUUCCCUGCACCUGGGGCUUACGACAUAACCCGAGCUGAUGGUGCUGUGUACACCAGAUCGCAAGAGCGCACGAUGGCGCACAGACUGAUGGAAAGGCCACCAGACAGCGCUGAGUUUCCGGCUCCAGGAGACUACGACGCCUCCAAGGCAGACUCGGCAGUCUUCUCGCGAGCCCCACAGUUCAGCCUGGCCGAGAGGCUUGAACGCGAGGCUGCGGAGUCGAUCGACUUUCCCGGCCCAACGGACUACGACUUAAGCAAAGGAAAGAUUAUGGCGGCUUCUCGGGCCCCGCAGUACAGCUUCGGGCUUAAGAUCAAAGACAAGCCUCCGGAUUCACUGAAGUUCCCAGGUCCAGGAGAGUAUAAUCCGGACAAAGCGGACCGGGUGGUGCGCACUAGGUCGCCAGAGUACCACAUAGGGUCAAAGUUAAAAGAAAAGCCGCCCGAACACUUUGACUACCCCGGGCCAAGCGAGUACCACUCAGAAAGGGCUGACCACGUGACCAGAAGCCGCUCUCCGCAGCACAGAAUCGCUGUCAAAAUAGCAGACAGGCCGCCGGAAUCUCUGCACUACCCGGGCCCUGGUGAAUACGAUGUUGACAAAGCGGAUCACGUGACAAGGAGUCGGUCGCCACAACACCGCAUUGGAGCCAAGUUAAAAGACAAGCCUCCCGAGUCUCUGAAAUACCCGGGUCCGGGCGAAUACAAUGCUGACAGAGCAGACCACGUGACUAGAAGCCGUUCACCGCAGCACUGCUUUGGAAUCAAGAUAAGAGACAAGUCCCCAGAGUCUUUGCAGUAUCCUGGGCCUGGCAAAUACGAUGCCGAUAAAGCAGACCACGUGACGAGAAGCCGCUCCCCGCAACACCAGAUUGCCUGCAAGUUAAAAGAAAGAUCACCCGAGUCGCUUGACUUCCCCGGUCCAGGGGAAUACAAUGUGGACAGAGCGGACCACGUGACAAGAAGUCGGUCGCCACAGUACAGAAUCGGCGUCAAAAUCAUAGACAAGCCACCAGAGUCUCUAGACUAUCCAGGACCUGGUGAAUACAAUGUCGAGAGAGCAGAUCACGUGACGAGAAGUCGCUCACCGCAACACCACAUAGGCGUGAAGCUUAAAGACAGGCCCCUGGAAUCUCUUGAUUAUCCGGGGCCAGGAAAAUACUUUGUGGACAAAGCGGACCACAUGACUAGAAGUCGCUCACCACAACACAAGAUUGGAGUCAAGCUUAAACUCAAGCCACCGGAGUCUCUGGGAUAUCCGGGCCCAGGGAAAUACGAUGUGGAAAGAGCAGACCACGCGACAAGAACUCGUUCUCCGCAACACAGGAUUGGCGCGAAGCUGAAAGAAAAGUCACCGGAAUAUCUGCAUUAUCCUGGUCCGGGAGAAUACAACGUGGACAGAGCAGACCCCGUUACGAGAAAUCGACCGCCAGAGCCCCACAUUGGCGUCAAGCUAAAGGAUAGGCCACCAGAAUCUGUGCAGUAUCCUGGUCCCGGUGAAUACAACGUGGCUAGAGCAAAUGAUGUCACAAGAAGCCGAUCCCCCCAGCACCGAAUCGGAAUCAAGCUAAAGGACAGGUCACCGGAAUCGCACCAUUUCCCUGGCCCAGGGGAAUACGACGUGGAUACAGCAAAUGACGUCACAAGAAGUCGAUCCCCCCAGCACCGAAUCGGAAUCAAGCUAACGGACAGGUCACCAGAAUCACACGAUUUCCCCGGUCCUGGAGCAUACAACAUCGAAAAGGCAGACCUAGUUGUCGGCACUCAUUUUCCUGAGCCCACAUUCGGCGUCAGGUUAGGCGAAAGAAAGCCGGACUCAUUGGAUUACCCUGGUCCUGGAGAGUACAACAUAGAAAGAGCCGAUAGAGUUGCACGCAGCCACUCACCAGAGUAUAAAAUCGGGACCAAGUUAAAGGAGAGGACACCGGAUUCAUUGGAUUACCCUGGUCCUGGAGAGUACAACAUAGAAAGAGCCGAUAGAGUUGCACGCAGCCACUCUCCAGAGUAUAAAAUCGGGACCAAGUUAAAGGAGAGGAGACUGGAUUCAUUGGAUUAUCCUGGUCCUGGAGAGUACAACAUAGAAAGAGCUGAUCGAGUGGCACGCAGUCACUCUCCAGAGUAUAAAAUUGGUGUCAAGUUAAAGGAGAUGAGACCGGAUUCAUUGGACUACCCUGGUCCUGGAGAGUACAACAUAGAAAGAGCCGAUAGAGUUGCACGAAGCCACUCUCCAGAGUAUAAAAUCGGUGCCAAGUUAAAAGAGAGGAGACUGGAUUCAUUGGAUUACCCUGGUCCUGGAGAGUACAACAUAGAAAGAGCCGAUAGAGUUGCACGAAGCCACUCUCCAGAAUAUAAAAUCGGCGCCAAGUUAAAGGAGAGGACACCGGAUUCAUUGGAUUACCCUGGUCCUGGAGAGUACAACAUUGAAAGAGCCGAUAGAGUUGCACGCAGCCACUCUCCAGAGUAUAAAAUCGGGACCAAGUUAAAGGAAAGGAGACUGGAUUCAUUGGAUUAUCCUGGUCCUGGAGAGUACAACAUAGAAAGAGCUGAUCAAGUGGCACGCAGUCACUCUCCAGAGUAUAAAAUUGGUGUCAAGUUAAAGGAGAUGAGACCGGAUUCAUUGUACUACCCUGGUCCUGGAGAGUACAACAUAGAAAGAGCCGAUAGAGUUGUACGAAGCCAUUCUCCAGAGUAUAAAAUCGGUGCCAAGUUAAAAGAAAGAAGACCAGACUCUUUGGAUUAUCCUGGUCCUGCAAAAUACAACGUCGACCGAGCGGACGGAAUUGUGCGCAGCCACUCUCCUGAGCACAGCAUCGGUGUGAAAUUAAAAGAAAGAAGGCCGGACUCCUUUGAUUAUCCUGGUCCUGCCGAGUACUGCGUUGAAAAGGCUGACCGGAUGGUGCGAAGCCAUUCCCCUGAACACAUCUUCGGCAUCAGAUUGAAAGAAAUGCCUCCAGAUUCAUUGGAAUUUCCUGCCCCUGGAGACUACAACAUUUCAAGAAGCGAAGGCACGCUUUAUCCUGGGUCUCCUAAAUUUAGCCUAGGAAUGAAAUUGAAGGACAAGCCCCCGGACAACAUCGACUUUCCUGCGCCGUCGGACUACAGCCCUGGCAGAGGCGUAAGCUUCGUGAAGGCGAGGUCCCCGAAAUUCACAUUCGGCUUCAGGCUAAGACCUUCUAAGCCAUACAGCUACGGUUUCCCAGCGCCAUGCAGUUACCAUGCCUCUCGGUCAGCUAGGAUUGUCUAUAGUUCUAUGCCACAAUUCAGUUUCGGCAAACGGCUGCCUGAAGGUUCACCGGAAAGGCACUGCUUUCCAGCACCAGGAGAGUACGACCCCGAUAAAGCGAAGGAACUAAUUUAUCCAAAGUCACCACGCUUCACCAUUCGUUCGAGACUCAAGGAACGGCUACCCGACAACGUAACGUUUCCAGCACCGGGUACAUACGAUCCGGACAAAGGCAAUCCUGCUCUAUUCGGAUUGCCACCAAGAAGUAAAUCAAGAAGCCCGAGAAGAUCAAAGUCUCACGACCUCGAAGACAAACGUGCAGUGGCAUCGCUUCAUGAAAAAGCGAGCAUGAGAAGCAGUUCAUUCCGAAUCGCGAAGACGACAGAUGGAACUGCUGCUGAGCGCGAUUUGAAAGGUUCGGAGCAGACGAUCAAACGAAGUCGCUCACUGAGUGGAACUCGCCAAAGGGACACUGGCGCCAAAAAUGGGAAAGAAAAAACAAAAGAGGAGACGUCAGUAUCCCCGAAAACUAUGACACGAAGCAGAUCGUCUCGAUUGACUCGACAAUCCGAAUUUGGCAUUGAUGAAACCCUCGCUAAAAGCUCGCAGGAAACAGUAAAGGAGCGCCGUUCGUUUAGGGUCAUUCGCAAACAAGCAGCUGUAGUCGAAGGAGAGCCACCGCAGGUGAAAAUCGUCGUUUCCGAAAUGACGACUGACCGGAGCGAACCAGUAGGCGCUAUGAAGAAAAAAAUUGACUCAAAAGCUACCGAAAGAGAGGCAGCGUCUUCGAGAGUCGGGACGAAGAAGAGUGGCUUCCUUCGAUCUCUCCGGAAAAAGCUGGACGGCACUGAAGAAAUGUCUCGGACGUCUAAAGUGGCUAAGGCGCCCGCAACGCAGAAAACUACCACUCGUGUAGUGGAAAGAAAAAUAGACGAAGAGCGAGAACGGGUCGGCGCUGCUAGUCAAGCGGGAGCUAUGCCUCGAAGGAGUCGGUCGCUCCGAGUCAUCCGAAAAGAGGUGGACGAGGCACCAGAUAAGCGAGCCAGGUCCACCGACGAACUGACUAGACGAAGUCACUCAUUGCUUGUAGCACGAGCAAGGAAAGACGACAUCGAGGCACAAGAGCCAGAUAAAAGAGCUAGGCCUUCGGAGCGACGAUUAGGGCGGAGUAGGUCCCUUCGAAUCGCACAAAGCGGAAUCGACGACAUCGAUGAAAAGGACAACGUGUCGAAGUCCGAGACUCAUAUAACUGCAUCUCCCUCUUCGAGUUUUCGCAAGGAGCGGUACUCGGGUGGAUACUUGGGGAAGAGUCUCGAACCUGCUGCGUUUACAACGAGCGACGAAAGUGGUAUGUUCGAAGACGACGAAACGAUGGACAGUGUGUCAGCCCGGGACAGGACGUUUGUACGAACUCCUACUGACUCGUCCAGAAUUCAAGUGUCCCCGGAGAGUUUCCGGGAAUGGAGGCAUGCUCAAGGAAGCAUCAAAAUGGCACCGAGAUUUCCAGAGGGACUUGACUUCUGGAAACCACCCGGAACAGGGUCUUUAUUCGCAAAGCUUUAUCAGUCCUGGACACAGGAAACAGCUGUUUCUUCUGCUGAAGCAGAAGACAACAGCCGAGUGAUGUUCCGCUCAGCUGCAAGCCUCCUCUUCAGGAAAGGUUUCGCAGCGAUACUACGGAACGAAACACCUGGACCGGGUUACUAUAACCCGAGCAUCGGUGAACAGCUACGCUUCCCUCGCAUGCCGAGUUUUACGAUACGAAGAAAGCUCAAGUGUCCGAAGAAAGAACAAACGCCUGCUCCUUGGGACUAUAGCCCAGACAAAGCCGAUCCUCUGGUGAGACCUAUGUCGCCAGCUUACACCUUCGGACACAAGGACGACUGUUGUCAUUGCAGAACCACAAGUCCUGCACCGGGUGCCUACGACCCCGAAAGAGCUGAUCAGUGUGUCAGAUCACUGGAGCCUAGUUACACCUUCGGAGUCAAACACAAGGAUCCUAAAAGGGAUAAUUUUCCCGCUCCUGGCACCUACUGUCCUGAGAAAUCUGACACGGUUCUAGCCACGACACCAUCUUACACCUUUGGUAUCAAGCAUAAGGACCUUAGGCCUGACGAUGUGCCUGCACCGGGUGCCUACUGCCCAGAGAAAGCAGACACCGUGCUUGCAGUCACGCCGGCCUACACCUUUGGUACCAGGCCCAAGGACGCUAAGCCUGACGAUUUUCCCGCGCCGGGUGCCUAUAGACCCGAGAAGGCGGACUCUGUCCUGGUCAGGACACCUGCGUACACGUUUGGCACCAGGCCGAAGGAUUCCAGGGGUGGCGGCGUACCUGCACCCGGCAAGUACGACGUACCGGGAACCGACACGUACAAGAGCAAGUCCCCCGCCUACACGCUCAGCUACCGCACCAACAUUCCCUCGGACCACACCAAGAAACCCGGGCCCGGCGCUCAUUCACCGGAGAGGGUCUGGAUGAACAAGAGCAGCUCACCUCGGUUCACCUUUGGUAUCCGGCACAGUCCUGUUGCCGAGACGCCCAAGCCCAAGUAGGACCUUCGUGUCAGCUAGUGGCCGACGCCCAAAACAACAACAGCCCGCAAAGGACUAAUGGCAGCUACGACAGAGGAUAUCAACGGCCGUCUACUGACAAGAUCAACGCAACAUAAACGCCCCUUUGUCAUCGCAUGGACGCCGGUUCACUGAAAUAAGAACGCACAGCCUGUUAAAACUAGGACAGGCACCGCGUUUGUAUCUAGCCAUAAACUUGAACAGGCCGUACGCGUUCUAUAGCUUGUAGGUUUUUUUUUUUUUGUGCGCGUUGCCAAAGACGACACUUUUGUAAAAGCCGGAGCAAUGAACAUGAGGUCCAGUGUAGUCCUAGACCGUCGGCAAGGCUGAUCGAAGUUAACUUGUUGCUUUUAUUUUACCUCCGCAAUAUUAAUAUCUUGAUGCAUUAUUGGGCGCUUGGGAUCAGCUACGUGUAUAACCGAUACUCAUGCACAGCUAGCUACACUAACCAAGCUUCCUUUUAGAUUACGCUUGAGAAUGGUACGUUGUCAUUUUUUUUCUUCGCCGCUUAAGAGUGAGCACGAAAUUCAAAAAAUAAAGAAGGAAGAAGAAGCCUAAAGUAAAGCAAAUUUUCUGUCCUCAUAUUCGCUAUUUUGUCACGAUGCUUCAAGAAAUAAAAGAGCACGAAUUGCACAGGGAACAGAAAUGUGUGCUGUACUUCUUUUUUCCCACCGAGUGAACAAAUAAAAUGUUGUUUUUUGUUGUUCGAAA